CGGCGGCGGCGGCGGCGGCGGCGGCGGCGGCGAUGGCUUUCGAGGCGCUGGCGGAGGCGGCGGAGCGAUGGUGCGCCCGCACGCCCUUCCAGCUCAUCGCCGCCGAGGAGACGGAGCGGCGCAUGGACUUCUACGCCGAGCCCGGCGUCUCCUUCUAUGUGCUGUGCCCGGAGGCCGCCUGCGGCGACAAUUUCCACGUGUGGAGCGAAAGUGAGGACUGCUUACCUUUUCUGCAGCUCGCACAGGAUUACAUCUCCUCCUGUGGGAAAAAGACACUCCAUGAAAUAUUGGAAAAAGUCUUCAAAUCCUUCAGACCUCUACUUGGGCUUCCAGAUGUUGAUGAUGAUGCAUUUGAAGAAUAUAACGCAGAUGUGGAAGAAGAGGAACCAGAAGCCGAUCACCAACAGAUGGGUGUCAGUCAGCAGUGAUUUUCUGAGAAGCUAUAAAAAUAUUCGGAAGCCUUUGGUACCAGGUGGGGUCAGGUGGUCCCACGUUAGCCUGUUUGAAUUAGCACAUCACAAGGGGAUAUCUGGCUGCCAAGAUAAAAGUUUUACAAAAAAUAGUUUAAAAAAAAAAAAAAUAAUAAUAAUUCGUGAUGAGCUUUGCUAAGAAGUGACCUGAAUUUUGCUCCUGCUUCAGUGGGUUUUCUAUGGAGUUGUCUUGGUAGCAUUCUGCCGUUAUCAGUCUAGAAGUAGUUUUGUCACUGACUUGUCUCUUCGAUUUGUGUUCGAGAGUAGUGUUUGCUGCCAUGAAUGUAGAGUACUGAGAAUGUAGGAGGCGUGUGGGGAGAGCGCCGAGUCCUCGCCAGUGACCUUUCCGAGGAAACCAGCGCAGAGAGCAAACACCACCUGCGCUUUUCUUUUUAGCGAUAGGUUUUUGACAAAGUACCAAAUGUGGAGAGACUUUUCCUGAAAAACAGUAGUUUAGUAGUGGUUGGUGCUGCAGAAGUGCAUAA